AUGUCAAGUCGAGAUGAGCUACCGGGCUCUGACGCGUCCGCCAAAACCCUCACGCGUUCUGGUUCUGGUAUCCUAACGCCGGUCUCUGACAAUUCUCCCAAUUUGAGCGAUGGCACCUCUCCCGGCUCAAAGAAACGCAAACGCGAUGGGCACUCGAUGGAGGACUUGCUGAAGGACAGGUUUGUAGUAAAACCCUACCCCUCUGCUGUCUUCAUCAAGCCUCGAACCCUCCAACCGCUCAUCCUCUUACCUCGAGCCCAUCUACCAUUGGCAUCUUUGGAUUUUACGUCAUCUACGAAUGCCCUGCCCCAAUCGAGACUAUUUGAGGCUCAUGUUAAAAUACUGGAGCUGGAAGAGCGAAUGGGAAGCCAACCAAUGGUAUUGGUAGCAAGACUCGACGAUGGGCGGACUCUGUACGCUGUAGAACGGGAGGAUCGUGGGCUGUAUGUGUUGUGUAGGCUUGGGUCCUGGGUCGAUCUAAACCAAUUGAAGCAGGCAGCUGUUGUAUUGAAACAAGAAUUACCCAAGGGGCUCGAGAGAAGAGAUUCAAUACAACAAAACACGCCAGUUCCCCUUGUCACCCAGGAAUCGAGCAAAUACAGUAAAAAGAAACGACUCGCGAUCGAAGCCAUUCAAUCCAUGGUGAAACGUCCAUCUACAGGCCUUCUAUCGGAAUCACAGCUAGUCGCAGCAGAAUUAGAGCCAAUACUUGAUUCUCAGCCGGCAGAAUCGACGGUCGAACAGCCUCUCGUGGAUGAUCCUGUAACACGUACUGCGGCGGAAAUAUGUGAUAACGUUCGAACACAAUAUCUAGAAGCAUUGUAUAUCUCUAAGGCUUCUCUCGCAUAUUUCGCCAAAGGACCUCUCUCACGAGCACGAGCAGCAUUCCACCUAGAUUAUGACUCUACUCUGGAUAUGAAUGACCAUGUCACUUUCUUGGAAAGCCUCGUAAUGUCUACGACUCUUAUUGAUAAGAAAUAUCGUGAUGGGGUGCCGGAAUGCGUGUCCUUAAUAGACAUUCAGGACCACAGUGUAGACGAUGCUGUCGAGGCUGCUUCAAAGCCCAAGAAACGGAAAAGCAACAAAAAAAUGAAACCGGGAAAGAAUGGCCUUUACCCGACCGAGGACACGUUUAUUCGACGAUGGUGGUCCAGUUACGACGAUGAAAUGGAAUCUGGAGCGCCCGGGACUUCCAAAGAUGAAAUGACCAAAAGUAGAAUUGCUCAAUUGCGGAUUCGGGAAACCCAACUUCAGAUAAUUGUUAUUCUGGAAGUGCUCGCUCUCCAACCUUUAAUCACAGGCUCGGGUGAUGUAGAUGGUGGCCUUCCUUCCGCUCUUCCUAAAGGCGACAUCGUCGAGGGGAAAGAGAAGAACACCAAGGCCAAGAAGCCUGACCAUUUCGCAAUGCUCAUUGAUGUCCACAUCGAUAGAUUAUGUAUUUGGCAGUCCAUUCAACUAGAAUCGAUGAAAGCACCUUCGGGGGAAUCACAAAAUAAUGCAGGGGAACUUGGAAUCUCAACGGGGUCUUUGACAAAUGGAGAUAGCAUCCUUAGAGAUUUCUGCGUCGAGGUGAUUGCACCUUUCUUCUCUGCUCGUCUGCCCGACCGCUGUGCUGUUAUCAACCGCAAGCUAGGAGGUCCUGUUGCAUGUUCACCUCCGAAGCCAAGACUGUCCAAAUCAUCAAGUUUCUCGGGUCUGUCUCGACCGGGAGCAGCUACCAAGCGUCCUGUCCCAGCCAAACCACGUCGCAGUUUACACCGAGUCUUGACAGACGAUCGGGAGCGUCGAAGUGUUUCUCGAGGUCCCGAGCGAGCAAUCUCAUUAAUGAGGUCUGCAACAAUGCCAACAAUUCCAGGAUUGAAGAGGGAGACUAGCGAAGCUCCAUCACUUUCAGGAAUUCCCUUCGCGGAGUCGCAGACUCUGGCGGCAAAUAGGGGUGGUGUUCUAAACUCAAAACAAUUCUCUAGACGAGAAGUUGAUUUAGGCAUUCUUGCUCCUGACUUGAAUGCUAAAGCAAAGAAGAAAGCUAGUAUAGAAGCUGAACUGAAACAGGCGAUUUCGGCACUCAAACGGCCAAAUCGAGAACUGGCGGGGAAAGACUUGGUCGAAACUGCCGAAAAACGGUCAACAUCAGCUUCACACUCUCGGAAAUCCAAGAAACCUAUUAGGAAUCCACUUUUCCAGGGUGUGCAGAUCUCUGCGACACCCAAGACGAAUCGAUCGACGAAUGUAUUCGCCAAAUCCCAACCUCAGGAGUUUCCUGGGUACGAUGGAGUACCUGAACUACAUAUUGCUCCUUCAUCGAGCAUGUCAGUAGUACCGCAAUCAGUUUCUCGACCAUCGCGAGAAAGUUUGCAGCCCAGAAAUCCGUUGUUCUCUUCAAUUCUAGCGACGCCAACCCGAAGACCUCUAUCGGCAUCAUCCAAGCAAAUAGGGGGCUUUCGGGAUAUUAACAAUACAGACCAGGCGAGCUUCCCUCCCUCAUCGCCGUUACAUAUGCGGCGUUCCAGUGCGCAGCUAUUUACUGUGCACGAUUCCGCGGUAAAGAGACCGGCAGAUUUUUCGACAGACCAAGGCAUUCUAGAAACCCCAGUUAGAAGGAGAACAGAAGACAAAUUACAACACAGUCAUCCAGGACCCUCUCCCGGGGGAAACAAGGAAAAUGUCGGAGCAAAAGUAGGAAUUGUAAAUGAUGAAUCGAAAAGUAGUGGCGGAGGACGAGAAGACUCCAUCUAUAAGGCGCUAGGAUGGGAUGACGAAAUUGAUGACCUGGCAUGA